CUCUACUUUUCUCCGUUUCUUUCUCUUUCCAAUUGCCCAGCCUCUUGCGUCUCUUUCCAAUUGCCCGGCCUCUUGCGUCAUUCUCGCCACCCACCGCCCCAUGAUAAGAGCUUCUUCACUGCCUACCUCUUAUAUUUUCGUUCUCCGGUGUUCCGAUAUGUCUUUGUUCUUCAAUUUCCAGAUUUUUAGAAGCUGGCAUUUCAACAUUUUGGAAUUGGCUCAAAUUUCAAGGAAUUCCAAACUUCGGAAGUUUCUAGUGGCACUUCGAUCAUAGACAUCUGCAGACGUCAUCUAAAGAGUGAUCGAAGUAGGUAAAGUCAUCAUGCAUGCAACUAUAAACCGUUGUUUCUAAACAUGUUGGAAGGAAUGAGCAAGUAGGGAACUGCCCAAGACUGCAUUUCGGGCUUAAAUUCAUUUGGUAACAUCAUCUCUCCCCUCAUAUUCAGCCCCUUGACAGGUUCACGAAAAUGACAAUAGACAAUGAUUUCAUUUGUUAGAAAGAACUGGAUUCUUCGCCAACAUCUUUUAUUUGGUUAGUGUAAUACUCAAAAGUAGUAUGGAGAUACUACAAUAUGGAAUUUAAGUACAGGCUCUCCUGCCUGAGGAACUACUAAUAUCCUGCCUGAGUUCUUGAAUUUGUACGACGAUACCAGAAGCUAUAUGAUUUUUCUGAAAAAAGAGGUCAUGCCAAUUAAUAUCAAGGAAAACUGAAAGAUCUCAAAGUUGGGCAUAUUCCAUAUUCCAAGUUUCUUAACUCUAUUGAGAGCAUCAUCAGCUUUGACCGCCUUUAUUAGCUGCGAAAAGCUUCGGGCUGUUAGUGUAAGAGUGUAAGCAUAAUAUCCUGGCCAUUGGAAGUCAGCAUGCCCGUACCCAAAAGUGGGAAGUACGGAGAAAGAGAAAGGAACGAGAAGAAAAAGAAGGCAAUGGUUGCAGCUGAAAGUGAUGAGUCAUCCAGUUCAAGCUCGGAUGAAGAAGCCCUCAUCUGCAUGGAGCGCAGAGCUGAGAAGUCCAACCAUGAAGACCGGUGGACUAUGUCAGAAGAUGACACUCUCUACUUAAUGGCCAAAGAUGAUUCUGAUCAAGAGGUAACUUCACAAACUUCCUGCUCAUCUUCUUGUGAAAGCAUACCAACUUCUGAAAAUCUUUUUGACCAGUUCAAAAAGAUCAUGGAAGAUUUUGAGGAAAUAAGUCUCAAACACUCAUCCUUAACAGAAGAGAACAAGCUAUUGAGUGAAGAGAAUCUCAAGUUGACUGAAGGUCAGAAAAGUCAACUAAGUGAGAUUACUCAACUCAAGGCUGAAAAUGAAUCUCUCUCUAAAAAGGUUAAAUCCCUCAACAAGGAGCUAGGGAUACUUAAGCCCAAAGAAGCAGUGGAUAAGCUCCUUGAAACGACCAAACAUAAGGGUCGUGAAGGACUUGGGUUUGACCCCUCCAGUUCCAAAAGGAAAGGGAGAACAACUUUCAUCCCUCCUAAACCUACUGUCAAAACCAAUAAGAAAAAAGGAAAGGAAAAGGAGAAACCCACAGAAGUUCCCAAAAAGUUUUGUGAUAAAGGUUAUUCUCUAGAAUUCUGCAAGGACAUGGCAUCCCUCAAGAACAUCUCCACAGAUGAAGUCGUUCUCACUGGGAAGAGAAUCAGGAACAUUUAUGAAGUGAUAUGGGACGAUGUCAAGGAAGCAUGCCUAAUCAGCAAAGGGUGGUUCGGCCAAAACAAAGGAAAGAAAGGGAAAAGGUUUGUGAUGGGUUUUAAGGGGUUGGGUUUCAGAUUUCAUGGGCCUAAACAUAUCAAGGUUGGGUUGUAUGGUUUUGGGUCUUCCAACAACGAUGUCGGUCAAUGUACAAAUGCUAUUGAGCCAAGGUUGAAAUUCCACAAAAAUCUGGAACAACAAUAUAAACAUCUCUACAUCCAUGUUCAACCUAAGCCAAAAGAAAAUGCCUUUGGCAGAAAGUUUUUGGACAGCACUGUUGAACAGCGAUGUCAGGCCACCUUUCAUCCUUCAAGGCCAAGCCAGAACAGCGAUGUUCAAGUAAUGAACAUCGAUGUAGGCACCUGACCGUUGGAAGAAAUUUAUGGCUAAAACUUUCCAGGUUUGGAAGUCAACAGUCAAAACAACGAUGUUGCCCUUUUGGACAUCGCUGUUGGCUUGACCGUUCUUCCCAAUUUGGCCUACCGUAACCGUUAGGUUACUGUUCCUGAUUUGUGAUUUUGAAUUAAAUCAACCCUAAUCACCUCCCAACGGCUAAUUAACCCUUUUCACUAUAAAUACAAGCCUAAUCCUUCAUAUUUCUUUAAGAAAGAAAGCUCUAAACAUCCU